CGAGUGUCUGCAGUUUCGGUUACUUCUUCUAAAGCGAUUGUUCGUCGUCGUCGUCGUAGUCGUUUGCCAUCUGCUCUCUUCGUCCGAGAGUUAACCUGCGGUUGAGUGUGUGGCUGGAAAGAGGAUACAGGACAGAACGUAAUGCUAAAGAUAUUCCUGCUGAGCGUCGUGCUCGGCAUUGCCUACGCUGGUGUCAUUGGCCCUGGGCCAGGUCCUGGUCCUGGUCCGUACUAUGGCGGACAUCCUGGACCCGCCCUGCUGCCGUAUGGCGGCUAUGCCCCGCAUCCUGGCCCAUACGCGGCGCCCAAGCCCGCACCCGCACCGGAGCCCUACGAUCCCGAUCCCAAGUACUCCUUUGGCUAUGACAUCCACGAUGGGUACACAGGAGAUCUGAAGAGCCAACACGAGACGCGCCAUGGCGAUGUGGUGAAGGGCAGCUACUCCGUGGUGGAUCCGGACGGUACCAAGCGCACAGUGGACUACACAGCGGACCCACAUCAUGGCUUUAAUGCGGUGGUGCGCAAGGAGCCGUUGGCCUACAAGCCGGCCCCUGCGCCUGCGCCGCUGCAUCUGCCGGGACCGGGACCGGCACCGGGACCACUUCAUCUGCCAGGACCCGCACCAGCUCCGCCUCUGCCGCCAGUGCCGAAGGGUCCCGGUCCACUGCUCUCCUAUCCCCUGGCUUACAGUCACCAUGGUCCUGUUCCAGCCCCAGCACCCGCUCCAGUGGCUGCCCCUGCACAUCACUUCCAUCCUGCCUACCCAGCCCUCGCACACAGCCCUUAUGCACACUACCCCGCACCCGCACCCGUGGAUCCCCAUGCCUACUAUCAUCACUAAAUGCGAAGGCGACUGUUCUGAUCUGAUCUGAUCUGACUUUUCCGACUCUCUCUUAACUCUCUGUGUCAAAUGCUGUGCCUCUCCUUUGUGCCCCUUCUUUGCCGUGUUCUUGGUGGUGUAGAUUGUCUGUAAGGUUUCUAGAUCUAGAUCUAUGUACAUAGAAGAUAGUAGAUAUCGAUGCUAAGAGAAAACUAGAGUAAUAAUCAACCGAACAAGAGAUCGAAUAAAACUCACCCCUUUCCUGUUUCUUUAACGCAA